AUGGAUCUACAAGGCACAAAAGAAGCCCGGACACAGGAGGAAGGCGAAGGCCCUCUAGAGGCAUAUGGUGCUGGAGGUGGCCGUUCUAAAGAGUAUCACAAGAACGAGGGGCGAGAUUCUCACAAUCAUGAUGACCGAUCUUCCAUUCAUCCUCUCCGUCGUCGUCAACAACCCUUCGCCUAUCCCCAUGGAGCUCGACAAUCUGCACCGCCGGUACCAGCUGCUGUCUCUCGGCUUCGAGAGCCCUCCCCGUCACCGGAAGCUAUCAGUAUACCCCAAGAGUUGGGACUAGGUCCCCGCGAUCAGCGCCUAUUGCGCAAGGCUCGGCGAUCUCCCCCGGUUACGAAGAAAACGCUCAGCGAGCUUGAUCUGCCCUGUAUCAUGAGCAACAUCAACCUCCGUAUGGACGCCAACUUCGACCGCGACCUGCACUUUAAGCCUGACCUAGACGGGGAGAAGGGCCAACGCAAGCGGAAAGAAGCUGCGGAUUAUUGGGACUCUUUGGCUGCGGAGAUUGCUAUCUACUCUUACCAUGCUGCGACUACUGAUGCCACCACCGAGGAAGUCGAGUCGAGUGAUGGUACUCGACGCACCUUCGAUCCUCGUUUGCCCGCAUUGUUCGAGACAUUGCAGGACGUCAUUAAGACCCUCGUUCCGGAACGGGAUCACCCAACAAUCAUGCAGAACCUCGAAGUCCCAUUACUGAUGCAACAAAUACGCAAAGGCGUUCUCGACAUGCUUACGCUGGCGAAAUGGCUGGCGAAACUCCUGAAAACACAUUGCGCUCCGAUGCGAGACGAGUGGGCAGAUUCCAUGGUCGAGCAAAUCGAAAAAGGUUCACAGUCUCAGGAUCCCCGAGAGAUUGUCAACGGUCUUCGAACAUUGUUCUCUAUUCUAGAGGCGAUGAAGUUGGACGUCGCCAACCAUCAGAUCCGAGCAUUCCGUGUUCUACUCAUCGAAGACACAGUCCCCUUCCUCCAAGAAUAUUUCCAAGGCAAAAUGAACCGCGGCAGUUUCCAGGUCGAACCCGCCCGUCACUGGUAUCUGUCAGUGCGCGAGCAAGCCCGUCGAGAUGAUGCAAACGCAGAAGCCCGAAAAACAACCCCAACCGCAGAAACAGAAGACACUCUUAAACCCCUUGAGGCCCUAUUUCGCGGAAUCUCCGCUCAACUCCUCCAAUUCAGCCCGCCCACCGACUUCCCCGAGACCUUCCUCUUCGACUCCGAGCGCCUCUGGCAACUCCGCUCAACAGUCCAAAACCUAAUCAACCUCGACAUCGCCUGGUACAUCUUCGAGUCCUACGUCAACAAGCACAAGCGGUAUCUCUCCACCCCAGAAGAAACAUACUCCACCUUCCGGUCGCGCCUCUGGUCCCUAAUGGAAGACGGCAUGGACCUGGAGAACCGCAUCGCGGGGAACCCAGACAACAACGACGACGAUCCCGACCACCGCGGCGGAAAGCGCUGGACGCAAAAUAUGCGCUGUAUUGCACUGGAGAUUGCCCGCUUUGCCUGUGCCGCGCUGCAGCUCGACCCAGUCGUCGCAGACGAGGUCAUUGUUCCCAUCGAGGAAGCGCUCGAGUGGCAUCUUUCCAACGAGUCCGACCUCUUCGUCUUCUUCCAAAAUAGCAUGCGUGGCAAGAUCCUGGCUACCACCCUGACGGCGGCUCGUAGAUACUUGCCGCUGUCGCCCUUGGCAAUCUGUGAGUCCCAGCGGGCUCCAAUGUCUGCCGCUUUGGGUCCUGCUGCGCCGCAGACUGGGACUGCCGGUGCGUCUGGGUCAGUGAGCACUUCCUCGCUGGCGCUGACGCCGCAACAGUCGGAUAUCGAGCGUAUUGGGAUGCGUCUUGCUCAUAUAGGUGUGCUGCAUUGGCGCGUUUGGGCUCCGCUGUUGUACCUCCGAGAUGAGAUUGCAAUGGUAGAGCUUGAGCAGCCAGCAUUGGCAUAA